UGCUUUUAAUGUGGAAUCUUGGUUUGGUCAGCUUUGCAACUUGGGAGAAGCUCUUCAAGGCGUGCUAGUCCAUAAAAUGCCGUUAGUGCUACUGUCCAGAAGAGUAUGUCAUCUGACCGUUGAAGGUCUAAGUUAUGUUUUAUUUGGUUCAGUGGGUCGUUUCGUACUGGCAUCCAAUCAUAGGAGUUUCUUGUGUGAUGAAACUUCAGUGCUGACAG